GCAUUACACACAUGGAGAUUAUCAAACUUCUUAUUUGUUUAUAAUUUAAAUUAAAAUAAUGUUAAAAUCACUAUUCCGGUUAGCACCUGCUCGUGGCACAUUGCGUCAUCAUCUGCAGCUAUCACAGUGUACAAAUCACAGUCUGCUGUCAACGAAAACCGCUUUUGUUUCGGUCCCAUCGCGUAGCUGUGCCAAAGUAGCGGCGGAUGAGAACACCGAUAAUGAGGCUAAACCCGCUAAAUCCCACUAUAAUCCAUUUACGCAAACACAACCAACAUAUGGAACUGGCGCAAAAGCUGAGCCUCCAGCCAAUAAUGAGGAACGCACCAAACUUCUUAAAGUCUUACAACUCGAAGUCGAUAUAGCACAUCAAGAGGGACGACGCGUACCACCUUUAGAGUCAAUUACCGAUGAGAAGUGGGCACACAUACUUACAUUGCCUUCGAAGUCAGCACGUUACAAGUAUUACAGUUUCUUAUGGCAAGUGGAAGCUAAAAAACAAGCCAAGGAACGUAAAAAAGAAGAACGUGCAGUGCAAGUGCUGGAGCGAAAGGAGGAAAUGCGUAAAGAACGUGAGGAGAAUCAACACAUCAUCUAUGGCUUGGGACAUACAUCACUCUUUUUACGCAUCUACGAUACGACCAUAAAUAAUUUUCAGAAUAACAGAUUGAUACGCGCCAUGCAGUUUUCGCCUAAAAUUGUGCUAGACUGUUCGUACGAUCGACACAUGACGCGCCGAGAGGCACUGAACGCCGCUAAACAACUGAUGUUAUGUUUUGCUGAGAAUCGUGCGCAUGAUGAUCCCUUCGAUUUGCAUUACUGUAACGUGAAUAUAAAUAGCGUAUGCACGAAAGCUCUUAACCGUUACAUACCCACUAUGUUCAAUACAGAGUUUCCGAUGAAUGUGCAUGAAAACUGUUUUACCGAAUUAUUUCCAAAAGAAAAUCUAGUCUAUUUGACACCACAUUGCCGCACAGAUCUGGAAGUGUAUAAUCCCGACAAUGUGUAUAUAGUAGGCGCAAUGGUGGAUACGGUUAAUAAUGAACCGCUAUCGCUAGCCAAAGCGAAACGUUUGGGCUUGCGCAUGGCACGUCUGCCGCUCGAUCGCUAUCUGCAGUGGGGCGCAGGUUCAGGCAAGUCGCUAACGCUUAACCAAAUGGUCAACAUAUUAUUAGACCUGAAGUCUACCAAUGAUUGGACACAAGCCCUGCGGCAUGUACCACGACGCAAGGUAGUUGAUGUAACAGCAGAGGAGUUGCAACAGAAGCGUAUGCUGGAAAAACGUGCCAAGCAGCUGAAUUUCUCUUUAGAUAAUAACUUCAAUGAUAGAGGUUACAAGCAAAACCCUAAAAUAAGAUCAUACAAAAAAGAAUUCAAUUUAGAAACUUGGGGCUCUAAAAAGAAAAACCAAAAUAGCAACUAAUUACAUUUUUGUAAGUUUUUAGUUUAGAAAAAUAUACAUAUUUAAUUGA